AUGGACAUGGCUGACCGUUUCUGGAGACUGGCCCUGUGCUGGAUAUGCAUCGUCGGACUAGCACGCGCCAAUGUGCAAAGCAAAGUGAGAUGUACCAAGCAGAUGAUGGAAGUGGAUAUAGUGAGAAGUAGUCCGCAGGCAAAAAUAUAUCUUCAACAAUUUAAACAUUUUCCGGAUGAGGCUUGUAAACCGCAAUUUCACGAUGGCGUUGCCACGUUCAAAUUAUCAUUGCUGGAACAGGACAUGUUGCGAUGCGGUAUUACAAGAGUUCUUAAUAAAGUCACGGGUCAAAAGAUGUACUAUCAUCGUGUAAUAGUGGAGGAGCCAGCAGAUUCCAGCAAACACACGUUCACCGUGAAAUGUGUAAUCACCGAAGUUGUCGUGGAGCCAGAAAUCGCCAUCGCGUCCAAUCAUACGAUGGUACGCCGGAGCGUUCUUCCGGCGGGCUUUCAGGAACCUGAAUCGAUCGAUAUACGCGAAGAAAUUUCGGGAACGGCGCCAGUUCCGAUCCUCGGUGUUGGAGUAAGGCAGGGUGGAGCCUUGGUGACUGGCGAACUCAACGUUAGUCCUGGCACGCCGUUGCAGAUGGAAAUAUUUUUAGACAAUGACUCAGCUCCAAUAUACGGUCUCCUUGUGACUUACAUGCUGGUUACCGAUACCAAGACGCAGGAGGAAACAAUUAUUAUUAACGGGUGUUCCGUCGAUCCUUACUUGUUCGAAAACUUUAAUACCGUGGAUGGCGAUUUCCUGACGGCGAAAUUUCGAGCUUUCAAAUUUCCGGAAAGUACUUACGUCCAGUUUCGCGGGACCGUCAAUGUCUGCUUAGAUAAAUGUCCAGGGAUUGAAUGUAGCAACGGCCAAGUCGGUUUCGGCCGAAAAAGGCGAGCUAUUGAGAUGUCAAGCACCGAUAAGAACAAAUUAUUCGAGGUAACCAUGUCGACAUUCAUCAGGGUCGAUUCCUCAGAUGACGUCAUGAUCGAUCAAGUACUCUCGGAGUUCAUUAGGAAGGGCAAAAACAGGACGCACACAAAGGAAAGGGCAGUAAUUGCCGAAGAAAUCAGAGAGCAGCCCGACCCGACGACAAUUAGGACGCACGAGAGAGCAUUUCUUGCGGAAGAAAUCAAAGAACAGUUCAAAUACAAGGUCACCGAGGUGGUCGUCAAUUGUUCUUCGUGUAGUACGCUGAGUUUGAGCCUUCUCUUGGUUCUUUUGUGCUUCUACAAAUUCCUGUAGAGAAAUUGAAAUUCGUGCUUCUUGAAAAGUAAUUACUAAUUGUAAAUAAGACGCAGUCUGACAUUAAAAGCGUGAAGGAAGCGAAAGGUAUCGCUUCUGAGAACUUGAUAAUUAACUUGCUCACUAAUAAUCGGAAUAUCGAUCAUGAUGGCAAUGGAUCAUCAAUUAUUCGUACAUAUAUGCAUAGUGGUGAUCACAUACAUCGAUUGUAUACAGUUAAAAUGUGCCUAUAUAGAAGAGCAUUGAAAGAAAUUUGUUUUGUAAUACUUUAAAGUAAUGUAAUUUCCAUUUUCAAGAAAAAAAUUUAUAUGUAUACCAGACAAUAUAAAAUCUCAAUAUAAAUAUAAAUUAUCCGCAUUAAAGUACUUUGUGAUAUAAAAAUACAUUUAAGAAAAAUUCAGUUAUCAAACGAGAAAUUUGGCAAAAUUAAAUUGUCAAAUUUGAAAUCCGAAAAAAGCUUAAAAAAUUAAUAUACUAUCUUAGCGUAAUAUAAUAAGCAAUAACAUAUGAUUUCUCCGCUUUGCGACCGCCGAAUUUUCAGUCAUGUGUGACAUCAGUUUUACUAUAUUUUUUUAUUAUGUAUCUCAAGUGACUGCCGUAUUUCUUGAUGAAACCAAAAGAAAAUUGGCCUUUGCGAGCGGAGAAAGCGGAAUACCUAGUCGUGCGACGAGGUGUAAUAUUGUAAUGCGACUUAAUUAAUUACUUAGUAAGUAAUUAUUAAUUGCGUAUGUCGUAAUCUCAGUCUAAUUAUUACAUAAAUAAAUGUAAAAUAAUUAAAUAAAACGAGAUAACAGAUGCGAUGUGAUUAUUCUUUGACCGUGAUCAUAUAAUUAACACUCUUAAUA